AUGUCCAAGGAUUCCGACCACGACAUCCGCGCAGUUGCGCAGGAUGGGACCCAAGAUGGCUCAUCCGAGACCGGUCAGAUUGUGCAGGCAUACGAUGAGUCGAGGAAGAUCGGCAUUACGGGAGCAGUGUUCUUAAUCCUAAACAAGAUGAUAGGAACCGGAAUCUUUUCGACACCGUCUGGUAUUUUCGCUGCAACAGGAUCUGUGGGUGUGUCUUUGAUCCUUUGGUUAAUUGGCGGCAUCUUGACCUUCUGUGGGCUGAGUGUGUUUCUCGAAUUUGGUCUGGCUAUCCCACUAUCCGGCGGAGAGAAGAACUAUCUUGAACGAGUCUACAGACAUCCUCGAUACCUAGCAACAUGUGUAUUGGCCUCGCAAAUGAUCCUCUUGGGAUUCUCCUCCGGUAAUUCUCUUGCUUUCGGACGCUAUAUCCUAUUCGCCUCUGGGAGCACUGCGCCGGACGGCUGGGCGGCACGCGGCAUUGGCAUUGCGUGCAUUACCUUUUCUGUUGCAUUGCACUCAAUCUUCCCCAAAUGGGGUCUGAGACUUGUCAAUGUUUUGGGCGUAUUCAAGGUCAUUAUACUGCUCUUCAUAGUAUUUUCCGGAUUCGCUGCUUUGGCCGGUCAUCGGCUUGUCCCAGACCCCCAUAAUUUUGACGAUGCGUUCACAUUCUAUCGUGGUGAUGGCUGGGGUGGAGGCGGUGCAUACGCUUACGCACAAGCUCUCCUCCGCAUCAUUUACAGCUACAAAGGUUGGGAGAAUGCCAACUAUGUCAUUGGCGAAUUGCGACACCCGAAAAAGACGUUGGCAAUCGCGGCCCCCAUCGCCAUUGGCGGUGUCACGAUUCUGUAUAUGCUUGCGAAUGUGGCAUACUUUGCGGCCAUCUCCAAGGAGGACCUCGUUUCGUCCGAAGUCAUUGUCGCUGGCGUCUUCUUCCGCAAUGUCUUUGGCGACAGUGCGGCCGCGCGCAGUUUACCCACUUUUGUGGCUUUGAGCAACUUAGGAAAUGUGCUCGCCGUCAGCUUCGCCCACGCCCGUCUGAAUCAGGAGUUCGGCAAAGAAGGCCUGUUGCCAUUUAGCAAAUUCUGGGCAUCCAUCAAACCGUUCAAUGCACCAGCUCCCGCUCUCUUGUUGCACUGGAUUGUUACAGUUAUCAUCUUGGUGGCGCCUCCCGCUGGUCCAGCAUAUAACUUCAUUGUCGACUUGUACACAUACCCUGGAGCGUGGAUCAAUGGGUUCGUCGCAGCAGGUCUCAUCUACCUCCAUUGGAAGAAAUCCGAGAACUGGUCAUCACCAUGGCACUCAUAUCUACCGAUCACGGUUCUCUACCUUCUUGCCAACAUAUUUCUCGCACUGGUUCCAUUUAUUCCUCCGGAUGGGGAUUGGAAUGCCGAGGGAUAUCCGUACUUCGUGUUCCCAGUUGUCGGUGUUGGCGUCCUUCUCCUCGGUGGCGUAUACUGGGUCUGCUGGACCAAGAUCUGGCCAGCGAUUGGUGGAUACCGGAUCGAGGCGCAUCGUAUCAGGGACGAAAAUGGUACUGAGGUGAUACGGUAUCGGAAGGUUGAUCUGAAGCACCUUUAG